AUGCCUACGCCACUCCCUUCUAGUUUUGCUUCGGCCGCUGCUGGCAACACUGACGCCUCUCGACGAGGUGAUGGCACUGUCAGUGGAGAAUGGGCUCGAACUCGCAUGAACGGGGCAACACAAACUUUCCGCCGUCCAUCAGUCGCGACGAACCCUUCCCACAGCCGGGAUACCAGCCAGCCCGCAUCCGCUACGACCCCGACGGCUGGUACCUACACCCCCCCGCAUAUGCUCUCGAAUUACCAGUCUAGCGCACUCCGGAAUGGGGCAACCAAUGAUACUCGGUAUUCCAAGGAUCAGCUGUUAGAACUCUAUAAGUCUCAACGGGAGAUGGGUGUGUUGGGUAAGAAUCUUGCAGAUUACUUGGCUGCCGACUGGAAUCCGCAGGUAGAGGCAUCCGCCAUCAACGGUGCUUGGGGCAGGCGGGAGGAUUCGAAAGAUAAUCCCUCCGGGCCAGGGGUCUGUUGGGAUCAUGGAGGACAGAUGGAACCCUUGAGCCUAGUGGACAUGACUGAUGAUGAGAAAGAGGUUCGUGUCUUUGCCAUCUUUUCUUUGUUUUCCCUCUCAGUGAACUCCCCGCUUAAGCCACCACCGACGAAUGCACCCAAGGAGAACACGGGCACCCCUGUGGGAGCACGCAAAUCAUCGAUCUCCCAGAGUCAUGCCAAUAACUACAACACCUCAUCCCCAAGCGCGAAUCGACCAGGGCCGAGGCGUCGGGAAACAGGCGAUUCUGUUGGAAACCCUAUGUCCCCUACCACGGGUGGUUCUCGAUUUUUCCGUGAUGAGCCGAAUACUUCGACCCCGCCGCCGUCUCUCCUACGUCGCAAGACCGAUUUUCGAGACACAUCCUCCACCGCCCGAUGGGAGGAGAAGGAGAAAGAAUCUGCUCGGGAAGCCACCUCGGAGACCGCCUCACCAUUUAAUUCUCUCAAACGUAGUGCGACUAAUCCUCUGAGUGCGGCGCCGGGGACAACCACUUCCCCGUGGGGGUCGGCGUCGCAAAAUGCCAGCUUUUCGCCCAUGGGGGCCUUCGGGGCUUUCUCGCUGGGCACGAAUCCCACUGAGAAGAAACCAGGCUUUGGCAGUCUUCGGGGGGAGAGUCGCCUGAAGGGUCUCUUUUCGAAGGAUAGCUCGGAGGAUAUGUCUGCUGCGGUGAAGGAGAAGCCAUCCUUGAGCAACCUGGAACGUCUGGCCGGUGAGGGGGAGCAGCGCUCUCAAUCGCCUUGGGGGGAAACUCUCAAGACCCGCACGGGACGGAGUGAGACAAAUCCAUUCCAGGAGGAACUUCGGAGCGGGAGUGCUGCGCUUGGAGGCUCACAGGAUCUUCCAUCCCAGGCUGCUGAUCAGUCGGGAUUCGGCGCUUUUGGAAUGACCUCUAGUAUCCCCGGCUUUCGGGAACUGAUGCAGAGCCAUGAAAAUUCGCGUAAUCCCACCCCUGGCUUAAUCCCGGGCCAUGAGCCAACCAGUCCAACGAACACCAACCCAUACCAAAGCCCGCACGGCGACAGAGGAGACGUGGAUGAUGUCGAGACUGACGGUUCUGAUAUCCAGAACUCUCACCAUCCGGGCCUCACUGGAUUACGUGAUACUGCCGCGUUUGGCUCUAUCAGACGUGUCGGGUCGGGUAUGGACUUGCCUUCGAUCGACCGGAGCGCGACUUCUAGUGUUGCUGGAAACCGCAGCUUUUCGAGCUUGGGUGGUUUGGGUGGCCUUCCAUCCCUAGGAGGUGCGUCUGGAUGGCCCUCGAGUGGUGCCGUGGGUACUCCAACCAGAGAAAGAUCUGCUUUCGGCGCUGGCUUUGGUGAUCCGAUCUUUGGCUCGAUGGCCGAUCUUCAGUCCCCUAGCCUAUCGACCAUGGGAGGAAGCGGCCUCUUCAGUCCUGGCAUCAGUGGUUCGGGAAGCAUUGGCCGCUCGAGCAAGUUAGGAUCUCUCUUCCCAGCGGCGAUGCAGGAGCAGAUGCAAGGUGACCAAGCCCGGACGGAUUUCGGCAGUCUCGAUGAUGGUUCUCGGCAACCAGGUAAGAUCUCGCAGAGGCUCUGGGUGCAGGAUGAUUUACUAACCCGCGAAAAAGAUCCCCAACAGUCAGACAAGUCUGGCCAGCCAAAUCCACCUACAGUCACAUCGACCUCUCAAACCCCUGUGUCUGCUGUUGGCUCCAUUCCCACCUCUAUGGCCCCAGACGCACCUCAGCCCAGUCAGACUCCUGGACAAUCUGGGAACGGUGGCGGCUCUGUUCCUUCUGCACAGCAGCGUACCAUGGUGAUGCCAGAUCGGAUGCGCUGGAUCUACCGUGAUCCGCAGGGGAACAUCCAGGGUCCUUGGACCGGUCUUGAGAUGCACGACUGGUUCAAGGCAGGGUUCUUCAGUCCUGACCUGCAAAUUAAGAAGCUCGAGGACCCAGAAUUUGAGCCCUUGGCACAGUUAGUGCGACGCAUUGGUAACUCGCGUGAGCCGUUCUUGGUUCCCCAGAUCGGCAUUCCUCAUGGCCCCGAUCCUAACCCUGGCCAUUGGCAAGGAAACACGACUACUGGUGCUGCCCAACCGCCCUUCCCUGGCAGCUUCCCCAGCUUUGGUACUACCCUGACUGCCGAACAGCAGAACGCCUUGGAACGCAGAAAACAGGAGGAGCAAUAUCUAAUGGCCAGACAGAAGGAACACCUCGCACAGCAACAGGCCAUGAUGAAACAAAUGCAAUUCCAAGGACUGCCUCCCACCAUGCACCCCCAUCAGCUACAGCAUCAUUCAAGCGCUCAUAGCCUCCACAGCCAACCAAGUUUCGGCAGCAUUGCCUCGCCUGUUGGCUUUCAACCCUCACCUAUCCAAGGACCCAUACAACAGCAGCAGCAGCAACAACAACAGCAACAGUCGCAGCCUCUUGGUGGUUUCUUCGAUGCCGCCGCUCCGAUAAGGCCGAACCCUUUGCCCAACGUUGGACCUCAGUUAAUUGGGACGGAUCUGGGAAAUAGUCAAGAUCAGCUGCCCGCCCUUCUUGAGCGUUUGAACGUGAACCGACCGGAUCCAUUCGCCUUUGGCAGCUCUGCGUCCUUUGCCACUCGGCAGCCGGAAAAUCUGUUCCAUCAGCAGCAGGUUGCUACAAUGCUCCACGACCGCGCUCGCCUACAGCAGGAACAGGAGCAGUUCGACACCUCUCAAGGCGACAGCCUGUUUGACCAACAGGCCCGUGAGGAACGGCUCCGCCAGUUCCACGCCUUGAGGGCACAGGAAGGUGAAUUCGGUUUGCGCACUUUAGAGGGGCUCCCGACUCAUCCCGCCGCGGGUCCAUCUUCGCAGGCUGAAGCCGAGGCCAUGGAAGACCUUAGCGUCGACUCUCCCACGGCGGAAGUAGAGCAGCUUACUGUGGCAGACGACAACGAACCGGUCCUCACUCUGUCUCAGCAGGUUCAAAAAGCCGCGUCCGCCCAGAGACAGCAGCAAGAACAGCAAGAGCAAGAGCAGCAGCAGCAGAGCCAAACUACAAAUGAUACAGCAUGGUCUAUCCCGAGUGAUCCGGCCAUGCCCCAACCUUUCCCUCCUCCACCUUCUGCGUCGCCCCUUCCAGCCCCUGCGGCGCAGCGCAGCCGCCAGAAUGUGGCGGAAUCGCUUGCUGCCAACUCGAGAUCUCAGACCCAGACUCCUGUGGAAGCUCCUACCACGUCCGUCGCCCCAUGGGCCAAGGAAGUGCAUGACAUGCCCAAGGGUCCCUCACUGAAGGAGAUUCAAGAGGCCGAGGCUCGUAGUGCUGCUCAGAGGGAAGAACUGGCUGCCGCUGCUCGUCGUGCUCAGCUCCUUGCCGAACAAGAGCGUCUUAGCCAGGUCCAGGUUCAAACUCCAGGUCUCCCAUCGACUGCCAACUGGGCUAGUACUGGAUCUCCCGCUACUCCCGCAUCCUCUGGCUCGGUGUGGGGAAACAACAAGAGCCAGGCCGCUGCCCCUAGCGGUGCUAAGAAGACCCUCGCACAGAUCCAGAAAGAGGAGGAAGCUCGUAAGCAACGCGCGGCGGCGGCGGCGGCGGCGAGUGCGGCCACAGCAGCGCCUAGCCCACCAGCUCCUUCUUCUACUGGUAAGCGGUAUGCAGACCUGGCCAGCAAGACUCCUGCCCCUAACCCUACCCCUACCACUCCCGUGAACACAGGUGCAUGGACCACGGUUGGGGCCGGUGGUAAGGCUAAGGCUCCUCCGGCUGCUCCCUCCGGGCCACGAUCGACUACCGGAACCACUCCUUUGGUCGCCUCGCCCGUGAAGCCCAAGCCCGCUACUAUCUCCACGCCGCGGGCCGUUACUGUUAACACCGCAGUUCCGUCCAACCCUAACCGCGCGGUUGAGGAAUUCACCAAAUGGGCCAAGUUGGCACUAGGCAAGGGCCUAAACAGCAACAUCAACGUGGAUGACUUUGUCCAGCAGUUGCUGUUCUUGCCGGCUGAAGCGGAGAUUAUCUCGGACUCGGUGUAUGCUAACUCGCAAACCCUGGAUGGCCGCCGGUUCGCCGAGGAGUUUAUCCGUCGUCGUACCUUGGCCGACAAGGGCAUUGUGGACCCCGUCUCGGCCAACGCGUUCGCGGAGAAAAAUGGUGGUGGAUGGAAUGAAGUGGCUAAGAAGGGAUCAUCAUCGAGCGCGCACCGUGAAGAGGAUAACAGCAAUGCUGCGUUCAAGGUUGUUGCUCCUCGCAAGAAGGGCAAGCGGUAA